CCCCAGGUACGUCAUUUCAGAAAACAAAACGCACAGCGCGGUUACCACUGGUUUCAGGAAGUGGGCGGGUUUCCUUUAGGAGAGGCGGCGUCAAAACCAGCAACUGAGGAGGAGAGAGAGAAAGCUGUAAAAUGGCGGACGGUGGACGGUCUUAUAUCGAACAUGAUGAUCGUUAUGGAGGGGGUUUCUCAAUGAAAAAACGUAGAGGGCGCGGUCCAUUCGCGGGCAAGAUGUAUAGCGAUGGUCCCCAUAAAUACAGAAACAAGGGUGGCUAUGGACCCAAUCCCCGUUCUCGUCUAGAGGAUGAUGAUGGAGAUGUGGCUAUGGGAGAAGCACAUGAAUCAUCCCGUCAAAGAUUUAUGCCAUAUGGCCAUGGUGGUAGAAGAAGAGAUAAUAAAAGGGACAAGAAAAACUUUGGUGGCACUCAAAGAGAGCCUCAGCACCAGGGCAGACCAGAGUAUAGUGAGGACAAGAGAUCAUGGUCCAAGAUCACGAUACCUCAUGGAAAGAAGUAUGAGAAGUCCUGGUUACUUGGCAUUUUGCAAGGUGCUAUAACUGUGCCCUUUACUGCAGUUCAGUAUCAUACUGACCAUUCCCGGGCUCACUUCUUCGUUGAAGAUUCUGCUGCUGCAAAAGCCUUAAAGCAGAUAUCCAGGACAUUUACAGACAGAGACAAUUUCAAGAUCACAGUUUUAACACGACCAUGUCCACCUCCUCAGGCUGUGACAAAGGAUAUGAAACAGGAAGAAAUAGAUCACUUAAAGCAAUGUAUGCAAAAGAGAUACGAUGGUGCUCAUCAAGCCAUGGAUAUGAAGGCUGUGCGAAGUGACCCUGAUUUAGUUGCUAAUAAAGUAGAUAUGAUCCUGAACAGAAAAAGCUACAUGACGACAAUGCUGCAGAUAAUCGAGGAUAAUGUACCAGAGCUACUCUCCCUGGAUAUAAGCGACAACAAACUCUUCAAACUAGAUGACUUGGAAGAGAUUACACGUAAAGCCCCCAAUCUAAAGAUCCUAAAACUGUCACACAAUGGGCUAAAAAGUGAUCGUGAACUGGAUAAAAUAAAAGGGCUUAAGCUGGAGGAGCUGUGGUUAGAUGGAAACCCACUUUGUGAUUCCUUUAGAGACCAGACCAGUUACAUCAGUGCCGUGCGAGAACGCUUUCCCAAACUGCUACGACUGGAUGGCCGUGAACUUCCUCCUCCAAUCACAUUUGAUGUUGAAACACCAACCACUCUUCCUGCUUGUAAGGGUAGUUAUCUGGCAUCUGAUGACAUUAAAGCACUGGUCUUACGGUUUCUACAACAGUUUUAUGCUUCUUAUGAUUCUGAAGACAGGCAAGGUCUUCUAAAUGUGUAUCACGAUGAGGCAUGUUGCUCUUUGAGCAUUCCUUCUAGUAUAAGCCAGAACCCAUCCAGGAGUAGCCUUGGAGAAUAUUUCAAGGACAGCAGGAAUGUAAGAAGGCUUAGAGACCCAACCCUGCGCUUUAAACUUCUCAAACACAAGCGGCUAAAUGUGGUUGGUUUCCUGAAUGAACUUCCAAGAACCCAGCAUGACCUCAAUUCCUUUGUAGUGGAUAUCCUUGCUCAUUCAAACACAUUACUUAGCUUUGUUGUAAAUGGAAUAUUCAAAGAAGUUGAAGGACAAUCAAGCAACCCUGUGCGCGCUUUCAGUCGGGUGUUUGCUGCUGUUCCAGGCAGCGAUGGAGGGCUGCUUCUAGUGAACGAUGAACAGUUCAUAAGGGACGCCACCACCGAAGAGAUACGCAAAGCCUUUGCCACACCUGCUCCUACUCCCUCCAGUAGCCCAGUCCCCGUCCUGGCACCUGUGCCUCAAGAAAUGGUGCAGGCGUUCAUUCAGUUAUCUGGCAUGAAUGCAGAAUGGUCUCAGAAGUGUCUUGAGGACAACGGUUGGGACUUUGACCAAGCAGCUCGAAUUUUUAUGAAGUUAAAUGAAGAGGGAAAGAUUCCCAGUGUUGCCUUUAUGAAAUGACUUUCCCAUUCAGCCGUACAAUACCCUUCUUUUGAAAAGCGAUUUUCUGCUUCAACGUCCUCUAUAAUAAAACAAAAGUUUGUGGUACAAGAUACAGAACUGGUGGUUCUUUUUGAACCUGCUUCCAACUUUAAUCCAUACACAGGCUUCUACCCCCAGGAUAUCCUAUAUGUACAGUGAGAGCUCUAUACCUCAUCAGAGGCAACACACCCCCCUAUACACAGCUGUGACUUCCCAUCGCCUCUGCCAAAGGAGCGCUACCUAUCUAUAAUUUUAUUUAUAACCUCUAUAAUAACUACUUGGCAACAGAGGGUGGGGCCUUAACUGUGACUCUUUGGGGUGGAUGGUGCAUUUCAGAGCUGGAGAACAGAAGUCAUGAAGUCAAGUUGUUCCCUUACACAUUUUUAUUUUAUCAACCACAUUGUUUCCAGUGAUCUUUAUAAGAGACACUUCCGAGAAAUUCCUUCGUGAGAAACCUGGUGAAGCGGCUAUCGCCGUUUCUUUUCAUUGCAUGGUACAGGUUUCUUUUAACUAUAUUUUAUGAAACAUUAUGUUCAGUUUAGUAUUUGAAACAGUAAAAAUGUCUGCUAGUGAUUCAGAAUUCAAUUUUGGGUCUAGUGGUGAAUCAUACUUUAAUUUGGACCCUUUUAUUUCUUGUUGUAGGUAAAUCUGGGGGUGCAUUACCAAUGAAUUAUAUGAUGAUAGGAUGUGAGAGCUCUUAUGGGCUUGCUGCUCUUACCUGCAACUUGGAAGCUUGAGGGUGCUUCCUCUCUUUCCAGUUGUGUGUUGUCUUGUUUUAAAUAACCUGAGCUAGUUUUAAUAGGUCUGCAUACAAAUAUUUUAUUUCUUUUUUUUUUUCUUUUUUUUUUUUAUUACACCAAAUAAUUUGUUUCAAAGAAUUGCAAGUGAUUUUGUAUGGGUGACAGCAUCACUGUGAUGUUUAGAGGGGUUUUUUUUUGUUUUUUCUAGACAAACAUGUACAGACUGAGAGCUCUUGCAGAACCACAAAAGGUUUAAUAGGAAUGAUUAGGCCAUGUAGCUUCACAGUUGUUUCUACUUUGGCUAAGCUUUUUUCUCUCUGCUAGUGCCUUGUUGUAUACCCUUGUUUAGAUAUCAAGGGCAUCUUACAGAUGCAGCUGUUAAUCUUUGGAAGCUUAACAUCGCCAAUGGUAACCAAAAUAUUAGAAAGCCCUUUUCCUGUUCAAUAAGGGGGGGGGGGAGAGUAUGAAUGAUUGUUAUGGGAUUGUGUAGUGUGUAUGUAAGGACGAGAGUGAGCCUUGCUAUCUUUAUGGGCCUAGUAUGAUUUGCCCUAAAAUUGAGGUAGGGUUGUGUGGGAUUUGGGUUAUUGGUUGAGUGAAGGGAGCCAUGAAUGUGUGAGGUUUUGGUGGCUGCUGGUAUUUGUGAGGAUUUAUGUGGGCCAUAUUGGGGGGUGGCAAAUAUGGCUUUGGGGGGAAGGGGGGGUUGAGUGUUUGUUGGUGCGGGGGGACAGUUUGUGAGGGUGGGCAGGGCAUUGGGUGGUUGUUAGUGUUGGAGAGUGUUUGUGUGCCAUAGGGGGGAUUGGAUUUGGCUGGGUUUAAUUUGGGUGGUUUCUGAUGUUAGGAAGGUUUAUAUGGGCCAUAGUGAGGGAGGGACAGGGCACUGGUUGGUUGCCCAUAUUGGGGAUGGUUUAUAAUGGGCCAUAGUGAGGGAGGAAUGGGGCAUUGGUUGGUUGGUUGUUGAUGUUGGGAGGGUUUAUGUGGGCCAUAGUGAGGGUAGGACAGGAUAUGGCCUGUGGUGGGAAUUGGGUGGGCUUAUAUGGUCCAUAGUUGAGGUGGGAGGACUGAUCAUUGGUGGUAUUUGGGUUGAUAUUGGAUUGAAUGAAUUUGUGGGAUGGUUAGCGGAGGAGUUAAUGGGAAGGGGUGGUGUGGAGAGUUGAGUCAGUGGGGAUCAUAUUGGGUUGACUUUUUAGUAGAAACAGGUUGAGGAGUAGUGAUUUGGUAUUGUUUCCAUGUUGAAAUGAAAUAUUAGGUGUUACAUAUAGGAUGGCUGAAGUAUUAAAACAUGAACCCAAUAUUUCAUUCCAAUAUGGACUUAACUUUGUUAGGGGUUGGGGGUAUUUAUGGAUGGAACUGUACUUUAGAAUUCGGGCUUCCCAAGUAACUGGCAACCCAACUUUUUGUUAAUUGUAUCUGGCAUUUUGUUAAAAUCCCAAAGAAGCUCAUGUGCUAAUACAGUGGAGGAAAGGAAUCAUUUUAGGGGGUUGGGUAGUGUCUGGGUGUUCUGGAAUAGAAGUGUGGUGGGCCUGGGGAUGGCACAACUCUCCUAAAGGGGUUGUGAAUUCUGAAGCGGAUGAGAACCAAACGUGUAAUUGUGUUUUUUUUUUUGUUUUUUUUUUAAUUUACAGGCAAGCUUGUUUAAUUCCAAAUCUGCAAAUCCUAUUGCCUAUUUUUCUAGGUAGAGAUGGAAUUAAAUAUGUUGCAGAUUUUCUACAAGUGAGUAUGAAUGUGCAAAAUGAUUCAGGCAUAAGGGCUUUAAAGUGAUAUGACAGGUUUUUCCAGCCAUGGCGCUAUCGCUCCUGUUAAUGUCACAUCAUGCUUGGCUUUAUCCCCAAGUGAAUGAAAUUGGUUCCAGUAGCAUAACUGUAUCUGUAUCACUCCCUCGACCCCUUGGGCAGCCAAUUGGCUCUUUGUAGCAAAUCGAAUUAUUCUCAAAGCUCUAAACUACAGUGUAGAUAAGAUGUUUUAGAGAUUGUGUAAAUGCUCAGAAUCUACGUUUUGAAAUGUAUUCAUCUGUACAGCAUUGUAUCCUGUUCUCCAUUUAAUCUCCUGUAUUGUGUGUUCUACAUUAGAUCCACUUUCAUCCUUUGUGAAGCAACAGAAUUUUCUUGUUACUUCUUGUUCACUAUAAAUUGUUUAAUAAAUGUUUUUGGUACAA